GCUCGCCGUCGUUCAGUGGCACCCGGAUCAAUCCAGUCUUUAAGCCUGAACCACCUCCACCGGGAGUUUCUCCUAACCAGGGUCAGAACAGCUCGCAAGGGCAAACCCUGUCCGCAGGCACCGGACAUCAACCUAUGGCCAGUCGAACCCCGGCUCCUAAACAGAGCGGGACGCAGCAAGAGGGAUCACAGACACACGGCGGAAGCAAAGUGCCCGUGUCCACAGCUACUGGGGCUGCGGGGGGUCGGAGUCAACAGAACGGCAGUGGAGAGCAUGUGAUAGGUAGUGGUCAGAAGGAGGAAGAAACGCAAAGGAAUUCGGAACACCUUUCUUUGAGAGGGACUAGAUUCCCAACAAAACAGAGACGCACCCAACAGGAAGGCUUAGCAGAAGAGAAAUCAUCCAGGUCUUUUGACUUUUCAGACGGAGAAUCCUCGGCCUCCUCCAUCCUCCCCGCUGCAGAAACUAUGUGGAACUUAAACCAGGAACAAGGGAAGGAGCCGGACCUGGGGAACCGGACAGUUUUUUCACAAUUGUGGUACACGGGGACAAUCAGACCACUGAGCAAGAAGGCAGCUCAAUCCAUCAGAGUGGCAGCAGCUGGAUAUAUGUGGAAACCUGGGGCUGAGGAGGGACAAGGGCAUAUGCCAAAACUUGCCUGGGACAAGAUUACAGCGACGAAAGAGGAGGGCGGUUUGGCUGUUUUGGACCCGACACGCCAAAUCAAGGCACUUCUGGCCAAAUGGCCGGUCAAAGCUACAAUGGACACAGAGGACCAAAGUUGGGUGGCCUUGGCGGAAUACAUCUUGGCCAAGGAAUGGGAUCCGUCUAACGGGGAGGACGUCUGGCGCUUAAUGUUGACCCAAGCGUACCAGAGAAGGAAGCUGAAAUCAGUCUUUUGGCAAGGAGUUAUUCAGGCCUGGCGGACGGUUGCCCCAGCCCUGGUCAGAGAACCAGGGACACGGGACGAAGUGCUGCGCCAGCCUUUGUUCGAGAACGGCCGCAUUAAGGACCAAAGAGGGUUAGUGUUCGCAAUAGCUGGGAGAGGCAACUAUGGGAGAGCGUGGGUGGAAAGGGGUGUGAUCAGGAUCGGGGACCUGUGGGAUGAAGGACGAAAGAUAUGGAAGACUGCAGAGGAGCUGAGAGAUAACCUUGGGAGGCUGUGGCAUGUGGAGGAGAGGAGGGAAGCUCUAAUACAGGCCAUCCCAGUGGAGUGGAAGCAACGGUUGGAGAAUGAGACAACCACUGGGAAAUGGUAUCGUCCGGUCCUUACCAUGGGAGAAGAUCAUCAAUUCUUCAAACAGGUGGACAAUGGAAAGUUCGAAGUUUGGGAAAGAAACAGAGCAGAAGGCAUUCCUCAAUGCACAAUGGUGUUUAAAGAGGAGCGGGUAAUUGGUAAUCCGGGACUGAUGGAAGAAGUCAGGGUUUUUGUGCAUUUCUCAGCAGGUGGUCCACCUCAGCCUGUGUUACAUCUGGACGGCACUCCCAUCAGAUCUAUGCGGCUUGAUAUCAGACUAUAUGGAUGGUCGAAGGUUAGGGGACAACCGUUCAUCAGUCAGUAUACCCCUAAGCUGGGCAUGGGGAUUCAGAGAUUGGAAGGCAGUAAUUCUUGUAAGAUUCAGGAAACCAUUCCCGAAUCUCUCACAGGUUCAAAUCUGUCGGUGGAAUACUAAAAGGAAAGGUGGAAGAUUUGUCUGAGACUGCCAGACAAGAGAGCAGCUUCAAUUGCAUGGUUAAUAACCCAUGCGGCUCCAUUGGAUGCAGUGGCACUGUUCAGACGAGGAGCUUUUCUAAUUCCGUAGUUAGCAUUGGCUUGCUUGGGGCGAACUCAGCUGGGCAGUGAGCUGGGAUUACGGUUCCGGGCACACAAUCACUAGACAUGCAGAUGUGAAAGAAGGGAGAUAAAAAGAGAGCAAGUGCGGGUGGAACAGUCACAAAAGCGAAGACAGAAGUCCGAUUGAUUAGACGAAGAGCAAAAGCUGAGAACAAAAAGUUACCCUUAUC